CCUUGGCUGGGCUUUGGGGCCCCUCUUGACCUUUCAAAGCAAGGGGUGGGUUCAGCAGGCUGGGCCCUGGAUAUCAUGCUCCUUAGGGUGGUCAGGGAGUGCUGUGUGAUCCAGGGGGUGUCCUUACCAGUAUUGCAACCUUCUCUGAUUGGCAGGAGCUGGGUCACUGAUGUGGUAUCCCCUCCUGUCACAGACAACUGGAUGCGGAUAAUUUCUUCCAGCCUUUCCCUGCCAUACACCAUCUUGGCAUUUCCUUUUUUUUCCCCUUACUCAAAACCUGCCUCUUCCUUUUCUGUGACACUGGCCAGCUGAUGUCAGGCUGUGUGGGGAGGGCUUUAUUCUAGAGAAGUGUGAACAGUGAUUUAUUUUGGCUGUGACUGCUGAAUUGUGGCUGUCUGUCCCUUCCAAAAAAGUAGAAAAAUCUUCUUUCCUGCACCUGAAAGGGCAAUAUACUUGGAUGUGGCCAAUGGAGGGAGGUCCCACAUGAAGGUGGUGCAGCUGUCUGGUGUCCUGGGGUAGUUCUGAGUGGAUGGGAGUACGACUGGGCACAGUGGAUAGGGUGAUGGGGAGAGACCUGUCUGUCCACCUCCUUUUCUCUCUCCUCUCUCUUCUCUUUCAGAUAUGGAGGCUGAUCACCAACUUCCUCUUUUUUGGGCCCCUGGGAUUCAGUUUCUUUUUCAACAUGAUAUUUCUGUAUCCUUUGGUCUCAGUGAAACUCUCUGCUCCCUUUUUGGCUUAGAUGUGAUUCCCCCAUCCCUCUUUCUCCCUAGGCUGACUUGCAUUGGUAGCAGUCUAGAGCUGUGGAUUCUUCCCUUGGCUCUUUUGGUCUGAAUUGAAGCCAUUCCCCUGACAACUGUGGCCACCUCUUGCACCUCCAUCUCUGCUUGCUGCAAGGCAGCCCCUGCCUAAAGGCUGAAGAAGCUGGCAGCGCUGCUGUGGCUCAUGCUGGAGAGCAGUACCCAUUCCUGGGGUGAGCUCUGGCUGGAGCACAGUGGAUGCCUCUUUCUUUUCCUGGGGUCAGUGGUAUGAGGUACAGGUACUGCCGCAUGCUAGAAGAAGGCUCCUUCCGUGGAAGGACAGCUGACUUUGUCUUCAUGUUCCUCUUUGGAGGGUUUCUCAUGACACUAUUUGGACUCUUUGCCAGCCUUUUUUUUCUGGGCCAGGCUUUCACCAUCAUGCUAGUGUAUGUGUGGAGUCGCAGGAACCCUUACAUCCGCAUGAACUUCUUUGGGCUUCUUAACUUCCAGGCCCCCUUCUUGCCCUGGGUCCUGAUGGGAUUCUCUCUGCUCCUGGGCAACUCCAUCAUCAUCGACUUACUGGGGAUUGCAGUGGGUCACAUCUAUUAUUUCUUGGAGGACGUUUUCCCCAACCAGCCUGGAGGAAAGAAAUUGUUAUUAACCCCUGGCUUCCUUUGGAUGUGGUCCCAUGCUGGAUCGGCAAGUAUCAGUCAGCCGUCAUGGAUGGAAAGGCAGAAGUCACCUCCCCACCUCUGCGAGAAGAAACAAGGGGCAUCAUCAGGAUGGACACACAAUCUAACAGUUUCAGCAGAAGAGUUUAAUUCCUAUAUUGUAAAGGGUCCCUUUCCAUUUUCUAGUAUUAACAACGCUGGAGAUCAUUUUAGAACCAAGUAGUUGCUGUGGAAGAUUUUCAGGAUAAAAAUAAUCUCCAGAGGAAGUGGAGUG